GUAAAUUUGAUUGUACCAACCUACAAGCAUGUCUAGACAGUUUCAGUCAAUAAUUACUAGAUAUGUGAUUUAAAUGAGUAAUCUAGAGGCUAGCCGGAUUUUGGCGUCAGCUCUUAAAGAUGUUGAUGAAAUUCUGAAAGUGAAUAAAUAUGAAACAGAUGAUUAUGACGCUGAGGUCAGUAAUGACAAUCGAGACACAUUACCGAAAAUCUCAAUUCAGGAUGCCGAAGGAAAGUCUCAUGUUGAAAAUCUGAACGACAGCGGAAACCUAUUUGAUGAGGCAUAUCUUUACAGGGCCGGGAAAGACUUUUCCGUUCUAAUUAAUAGACUUCAAAUUUGCAUCAAUAAACUAAAUCAAUCAAAACCUGCACCUUCAAUCCACACAUCAGAAUAUCAAGCUCUAAAUUUUGGAGUCACUGAGAACAGUUCAUUUAAUAUUGCACAUCCUGCAACCACACAGCGUACUAAAUUCAACUUGAAUGUAAGUGAACAAUCUCAACAAAUGCCGUCUCAAUACGUGUUUCCCCCAAAUGAAUUUAGCACAUACCUCAAUGAUAAACGCUUUCAUCAACGAAUCACUAAAUUACGAGGACAAAUACAAACACAAGCUAAUCGUAUUGCAGAAUUGGAAAAAGAUGGAAAUCCAUUAUCUUAUUUGGUCAAUAAAAACUGUACAACCGAUCAUCGUAAUAAAAAUAUUAGUCAACUAUCAACUGAUAUGGAUAAUCUUCAAUUAUUAAAUGAAGUUUCAAAACAACAUUUACGUAUAAAUGCACUGGAAGAGACUAAUCGAGAUUUAGAAGAGAAAAUUAAUAAAUUAGAGAAAGAAUUAUCACAACGUCCAAGUUUAUUUAAUCUGAGAAAUUCAUAUGAAGAUUUACAAAGUUUAAAAUAUAACAGACAAUGUGUACCAAUACGUCCGACUGCAUCUAAUCGAUCAGCUACAUUAUCAAACAAUAUAAGUACAUUAAAUGAAUCAUCAAGAGAAUCAAAUAGGUUGAAUUAUCCAACUUUCUUCCGGCGUUCUAUUACUCCAGUUACAUUUAAUAAUAGUUGUUCAUUUAUCACUACAUCUAAUCAGCCUGAGUAUAAUUUGAAUUUUACUCAUCAAUCACUGACUGGUACUCAGUCGACCCCACCGACAUCACGUUUAAUUAAUGAUAAACCAUACAGAUAUGAUGCUUAUAUACCAUACGAACAAAUAAUUUCAUCGCCUAGUGAAAAUCACGCCUACUUAAAUGCUGAUCAAUUUAAAUCUGCUAGUCUUAAUGAAUUAUGCUAUUCAAGAGUUAUGCAACCUGUUACUACAACUACUAAUAUUGGUACUGCUACUAGUAGUAGUACCAUCGUCAAUCCAAAUGCUAGUAAACGUUGGUUAGCACAAAAUCGAUAUAGUAUGAAAUCUCCACCAGCUGAUAUUUUCAACGGUAGCAUACAAGAUUCAGGCAGAAUAAAUCUACUUCCACCACAGUAUGGUAGUAGUUAUCAUCAACAUAUUUACAAUAAUUCACGUACACGAUCACCAACACCACUUCAAUGGUAUCAGUACACAAGAAAUAAUUUUAUUGAUGGUAGACAAACAUCAGCAGAUUGUGAAUUAAAUGGAAGUGUUAAUUUAUUCAAUUCAUCAGGUGAAUGUGAUUCACCAUCUUCAGGAAGAUGUACAACUGUACAUGAUACCCAUUUGUAUACAUCAAGAAAUAAAUCAAAUUUAUCUAAUGCCUCUUCCUCUUCUCCUUCUGAGCAACAACAUCAUAUUGAGACGGUAAACAUUUCAACAAAUAUUUUAAAAGAUGAAAAAAGUUCAUCACUUUCAAAAGCUACUCAUAGUGGAAAAAAUCAAUUAAAGAGAUUGAAUAUUGAACGAGCCUUUCAUUGGCUUUCACAAGGUCAAAUGAAUAACUUCACAUCAAAUGGUUUGAAUAAAUCGAAUUCCAUGCAUCAUCAUCAAUGUAAACCAAAAAACAGUUUAAUCAAUUCUGCACUAUAUAUAAGGUCUAAAAGUAUGGAACGUUAUUAUGGUAGUGGUUCACUGAAAGGUUCUACUAACAGAUCGCGUAGAAAAACACAAGAAACUACUCUUCCUUCUAUGAGCAACAGUAAUAAUAAUCAUGUUGAUGAUGUUUCUGCUAAUCCUGUCUACAAUUCUUCACCACCUUCAGUUCUACAUACCAAUUCAAUUUGCAAUAAUAAAUCACAACAAAAUUAUCAGGGAAGUGCCAUUGAAUCCAAUGAAAAUGGUCCAUUGAACAGAAAUAUGUCUGUACUAAGUAAUAAUAAAUCGUGUAAUAAUCAUGUGAAAAAUGAACCUCAUUCAUUUGAUAGUUAUAGAAACAUUCAAUCUGUCUCAUCUUCUGUACGUUAUGAAUCGAAUGAGUUUAUGUCGUCAUAUCUGGACAACGUUAACAAAUCCCCUUCAUCUCAUAAUGGUCUUAAUUCAUCCAGUGAACAACGUCAAUCAUUUCAAUUCGCCUAUACUAAGCGAAAUUUUAUCACUUGGGAUAAAAAUAUGAUUUCAGCAUGGUUAUAUAAAAUUGGUCUAGGUUAUACAGUAUCACAUACACGAAGAUGGUUAACUUCUGGUCAAGAUUUAGUAAAUGAAUCUAAAAAAUCACUUGCACAAUUAAUGUGUAUACGUAACCCGUUACAUUUGAAGAAAUUGUUAAUCCAUAUACGUUUAUGUAUGAAAGACCAGUGUCCUAAUAUUAGUAAUAAUAUUAAUAAUAAUUACAAUUAUGGGUGUUUAUAUAGAAAUAUAGAACCACCGGAAAAUUUCGACAUACCGGGUUGGUUACAUGAUGUGGGUUUAUCAUCUUAUAUUCCACAAUUCGAUAAUUGCAUCAUUGACCCUUAUGUGCUAGAUCAACUUACUAUGGAUGAUUUAUCUGUGCUGAAAAUGUCUAAUGAAUUACAUAUGUUAAGUUUACGAUGGGGAUUACAAAUGUUAAGACAUAUCAAUUUUGAUAGAAAUCGUUUAUGCCGAAGUCAAAUGGAACAAUGUGAAGCAAAUAUACCUUGUAAAAGAAAUAUGUUACAUUCUCCCAUUCAAUCGUUAAAUCAUAUUCCAGAUAAUAUAAAACCUACUAAUGGAAAUAAUGGAAAUGAUGUGCAUACAUCUUGCUUGAAUACUAUUUCUACUUUACAACCAGAUUCCAUGAAUUCUGAUAAUAAUUUUAUUUGUUCAACAUAUUUACCAAUACAAAUUUGUUAUUGGACUCAGCAACGAGUAAUAAAUUGGUUACAAAGCAUCGAAUUACCUGAAUAUGCUAGUGACUUAUGCGGAAAUGGUGUACAUGGUGCUUUAAUGAUUCUAGAAGAUCGUUUUACACCAGAUCUUUUAGCUGAUAUUUUGCGAAUUCCCCCAGUGAAAUCACUUGUUAGACGACAUUUAACAAAUAAAUUUAUUGAACUUGUUGGGUUAGAUAUAUGGAAGCGCAAACAACAUAAUGAAUACACGAAUAAUAAUAAUCCACUGACAAUACAUUCUAAAAUCAAAUUUACGAAAAAGAAAAAUAUUUUCAAUUCUAAUCGUGGACCCAAAUCCAACCAUCACAUUCAUGUUAGUGGUGUUGGUGAUGAUGAUGCUAGUACUGAGCUUGUUUGUCCUAUUGAAAUCAAUGCCAGUCAUAUGAGUAUCUUUGCCGAAGAGGUAGUCAAACCUAAUCGUCAAAGCAUGCACCUACAAGCAGAAAACGUUCCAACAAUACUCAUCGAUCCGGUUGCUACAAAUUUGCAGCACCUAGAACUUCAAGAAACUGACUUGUGAAUCAAUGAUUAAUGAAUUUCUUUGACUGACCACCUGUUACCUAUCUUGUUUAUGAUAUAUAUGCAUAGUGUGUACGGAAAUAGAGAUAUUUCUUCAGGUAUAACUUGCAUCCUAUCAUGUUCUCAUUGUUAUUAUAGUUGGUGUUGUUGUUAUCUCGUGUGUUGUAUAACAUGUAUACCAUGAUACAGUUUCUUUCUCUGUAUGAUUAGUUUAUACACAUAUCUAAAUAUGCAAUAUUUGCUUGUUUGUUUGUUUGUUUGCUUUACUGAACACUAAGUUAAAUUCUCUUUCAUUCACUUUGCGUUUCUUGAGUUGAAAUAUUUCGUUUUUACAAGAAAACUAUUUCACUAUCUUAAAUUCUUUAAUAUAUAUAACUUGAUAUUAGUUACAUUCAUCUGUUUCACUUUUUCUAAGUUAUAUAUGUAUGUAUAAACUUAUCUACAUUUGUUAAUUUUUUUUUUAAAAAAAAAAGAAUAAUUCCUUAAAUACACAUCAUCAUCAAGUUCCAUACAUUCCAUUACUUUAUCUUAAUGUUUAUCACUUUCUCUACAAUCUAUGUAUCCUUGUACAUGUUCGUGCAAAAGUAAAUGCAUGAGAGAAUCAGAUAUAAGGAGGAACAGAAAGUGAGAGAGAGAGAGAGAAAGAGUUUUACGGGGUAGAAAGAAGAUCAUUAUAUGUUACACAUUUUUACUUGUUGUCGUUGUUGUUAUUGUUACUUGUUUUUUUUUUCUAUUCUAUUUUGUUUGUGUGUUUUUUCUUCAUCUUAUGUUCAUUAUUGUGUCAAGAACUAUGAAAAAGAAAUGUCUUCCUUUGGUGGUUUUCUUUUCUUUUUUUUUGUCUUGUAGAACUAAUUUUAUUGUUGUUAGUUUAACUAUAUAAUUUUUAUUAGUGUAAGAUAUUUUUGUAUGAAAUGAAAAAAAUAACUUUAUUUUUUUAUGACAUCUAUACUUUACUUACUUACUUACGCUAGUAUAUACCAUAAUAAUAAUAAUAAUAAUAAUAAUAAUAAUAAUAAUGAGAGACAUCAUUACUAACAUUACUAUUAGUAGCAGUGAUAGUAACAAUAGUGAUAUUUGGGAAUGAAUAAAGAAAUUUCAAAACAGAUGGUUACUUGUCAAUUAUUAAAUUUUGGGCUGUAUCUAAAAGUUUGAACUGAAAAUAAAUGUUUUACAAUACAAAAUGAAUACUUAUAGGUAUAUAUAUGUGUAUUGUUUAUUGGAUAUCAAAAAGUGUGAACAAGUGUACUAAUUAUUGACCAAUAAUUAUUAUUUAGAAAAAAUAAAUAAAUUUCAUUGAAACGAUGAAUCAAUCAAGGUUAAACCACCAUUGUAAACCUGAAAGCACUGGACGGCUGUUUCGUCUCAGUAUGGGACUCUUCAACAGUGUGCAUUCACGGACCGGCACGUAAGAAUUAAAUCCAGAACCUGCAGUCUCACAUGAGAAUGUCUAGCCUCUAGACCACUGAGUCGGCAUCUGACAGCAUUAUUGCCUGACUUCCAUCAAUCCACGACAUUAAGAGACCACCUUUCGUUGUUUUCGGUGGGUAACUGCCUCAUAACCUAUAUGGAUUAACUUCACUAGUUAUGACUUCUUACUAGAACUCCGCAAAUUCUUUCUAAAAGUUACUCACUAUUGAGCACAUGACAGUUGUCAACAAAGGGUUGUGGAGAAUGUUGUAUUUCAUUGAAAUCACCAUUGAAAACCUGAAAGCAUUGGACGACCGUUUCGUUCUAGCAUGGGACUGUUUCCUUAAAAUAAAUGACUAAAACAUACUAAUAUAAGUCUUUCAGAAUUUUUAACUUCCUAUUGCUGAUGUUCAGGACUUUAAUUGAUCAGUAUCUUUUAUCGUAUGUGCUUCUUAAAGGGAUUGUCCCGACAUGACGUUAAGAGGAAACGUUUAGUAUAUUUAGUUUGUAGCUAACAGUGGAACCCAGAACACAUGUUUUACUCCGAUUGGGAUACGUUAGUUCCAACAUACUGUCGAUGUUCAACUUGAAACUCAAACCCGGUAAUUUUCAGUUGAAACUCAAAUGCUCUAUUCACUGUGAGACUGAUUCCAAAUAUCCACCUUCGCGACCGUUAAGCAGUUUAAUAACUACAUCUACUCAAUAGCACAGUGGAUAACGCGUUCGUUUUUGAAUCAAUAUAUAGCGAGUUCGAUUUUGGAUGUAUACUUCAAUACCAAAGAGUCACAAGUGGGACGAAACGCGUGCUCCAGAUUCCACUGUUAACUACGUACCAAAUAUACUAUAACUCAUGACCCAAUGCCAUAUCAAUGCAGUUCAGGAUGCACACAUAACAACAAAGACUAGUCGACUGUUUUUCUGAAUGUCAACAAAAGGUAAUUAAAAACUCUGACCAAAGUUGCAAAUCAUUUGAUCCAAAAUCUAUAGAAAUCCUAAGUCAACCAGAUUUUAUUCGUUUAGUCAGCAUCAGUUCCUUCAUUAUUACAUUUACGUCUUCUCGACGAGUCCCAACUAGCAAAACCAAGUUGAACUGCUUAUGAUAUUGGCCACCUACCUCCGACCUCCUAAAACCUCAACACCUAGUCUAAAUAACCAUAUAUUUGAUGUGUAAGUUCAACAAUAUUUGUUACAAUAGUAAUAAUAAUACUAUUUUUAAGAACUAAAUAAUGUGACAUGAUGAAAUGCAAACAUCUCAUUAUUAUCUCUGUUAAUAAUGAUGAUUAGAAUAUUAUUAUAUGAUAAAUUUAUAAUCAACAAUCAAACUCGAUGACUACCAAUAAUAGUAAAAUUUUAUUUACUUUUCCUAAUAAUACCACUUUUACUACUGUUCACUUCCGGCAUACAUUUGUAUUGGAAUAUAAUUUCUGUGUUUAUAGGUCUAUUUGAUGCCACCCUAAUUUGCUUCCUAAAAAUCUCGAGAAACUGUUUUAACAUUUUGUUCCACAUUGACGUCUCAUGGUUUCGUUUUUCACUUGUCAUAUACAUAUCUAAAUGAGUAAGCAUCAAUGCAUUUCUAUGUAAUAUAUAUACAUGAGUAUAUUUACCAAUAUUAGUUUUGUAUAGUUAAAAUGAAUGUAUAUGGGAAAGUAGUCACUAAUAUAGUAUAGAAUACUUACACCAUGUUAUAAAUAUCAUAGGACAUAGACACACUCACACAUAUUUACAUAAACACACAGUCGAGAUUUGAUUCUCUAAUAGCUCUUAAAGAAAAAGACAGAUUUUCGGUUUAGGAUAACCUGACCUACUUUUAUUGUACUAAGAGUAUAUAUAUGUUAGUGUAUGUAUCUAUUCCAGUUAUUACUAUCGUCCCAAUUUGACCAUUUUCUUAUUUUGCUCUACUACUAGCAUUAGUGAUACUUCCGGUCUUUUUGGGUUACAAGAACUGCUUCUGGUAAUCUAACUUUAUCCAUUUACAGUGAUUAUUAUUAUUAUUAUCCUCGUGUUAUUUAUAGUAUUGAGUCUUACCACGUGAAUUUGAAAAAAUAACUGACAAAUAACUUACUAUAUGUGAGUGAAUCUAUGCAUAUGUAUGUGUGUAUAUUUUCUGAUUAAGCACUAGUCUCAAAAUAGAUUCGUGCUUACAGUCAACUUAUUCUAUGUAUCACAUUCAAGUUGGCCUUAUUUAUUUCUAACUCUAUCCCGUUGUCUCUCUCUAUCUCUCACACAUACUCACUUUGUCAUAUACACACACACACAUGAACAUAUUUAAAAUAAAACUAAUUAUAGGCCCUCAAGGUUUAUUUUGUUUCGAGUUGAAUCUGUUCGUUGAAAAACUUUAAAAUUUUAUUAUGUUCAUCUUAUUCUAUACUUAUUUUCUUAAAUGAAUUCUUUCUCGGUUUCUUAUUUCUGUUUAAAUAUACAGUUGAAGUUUUUAGCAUUCAUGUAUGUGUGUAUAUGUGUACGCAUCAGUGUGGUAAUGUGUGUCAAUGUGUUCACAGUGGAUCCUGUAAUAUAUUUUUAUUUUAUGCUUGAGGAAAAACAACAACCGCAAAGUAGAAGAGAAGGUAUAUUUACAACGUCAAUAUUAUGAACACUUUAGCUUAUGCUAAUCUGAGGUCAUGGAUGUGUAUAACCGUAGAACUAAUCAUCAUAACAUAACUAUGGAGUAUAAUAUAGUACUGAAAAUUAAUUAAUAUUAUUUGCCAGAAUAGAGGACAUCUAUAUACUUACGCACACACACAUACACACACACGCAAAACGCAACUAGUUUGAUUUCAUUCGAAGUUGUUGUGAUUACUGUGUUUCUAUCAAGAAAUGCUUCGGAAAUAAAAGUUUAAAUUAUUUGUUUUGUUCUUUUUUUAAGAAAAAAAAACAGUCAAUUAUUUCAGUUCAAAAUUUAAAUAAAGAAAAUGGAAUUAUAUGAGGUUAAUAGUUAGUUUCUGUUGCCUAAUUUACUGAGAUUAUUUAUAUAGAUGAAAUAAUAUGUACAUAGACUUUUGUGAAUUUUCAGAUAGUGGAGAAAAUUUGUAGCUCACAUGGAGUUAUGCUGAUAAUGUCGUUCAAAAGAACGAUGAAAGCUACACGACUAAACCAUCCAGUUUAGAGAACAAAACAUUAUCAAAAAUUUUUGUGAAUAUUUUUAAAUGAAUUCAGGAAUGUUCUUUAAUCAGUUUUAAAGAAUCUUCCAUAUAGAAUUUGUUAGUUUAGAAAACUUUAUUAGUUCAAUGGUAUUCAUGAAAAUAAUAUGAUAGAAUCAGAUUGAGAUCUUCUUUCAAUUGCAAUGUUGAAUUAAGCUGAUUGAGUAGGUGUGAGAUUCGAAUUUCACGGGAAUGAUUAGAGAUAUAUUGAUGCUGUUGAUUGUCGAUAAAUUAAAAAAGAGUAUCAUCACUAUAGAAGAUUUUAAGUUAAACUCUGAUGAUGAGUAUCAGUUAGAACGAAACCUACAUCAAAACACGAUUUGUUGUUGGUUAACUUUAAGCACUCUAUAUACAUCAAAAUGCAUAGAAUGGUUGAGUCACUUAUAUCGAUGGCCAGAUUUCAACCUGAUCACUAGACAGGUAUGAAAAUGACUUUGAUUUGAUAACUAUUGCAAGUCGGUGAACGGUGAACAUAUAUUACAUCUUACUUUGAGACUCCACAGUUUACAUUUACGGCUCUAUCAAAAUCUUUGGGCUUUGACAACUGACUAGGCGCUGUUGGUGAGGUUUGAAAGUCGUCAGUUUUAUCCCUCGUGUUCUUAUGAAUGUACAUUGAUUAGGAGUCUCAUACUAAGGUAAAAACACAUAAUCAAAGCUUUCCAGUUUUUAAUGGUCGCCAAACUAAAGUCAAUUUAUAAGUUGUACAUGUAUUUAAAUACUUAAUUCGAUGUACUUUGGAUAACUCUUAAGAAACUAUUAACUAACAGACUACUGAGUAAUAGUUCAAUGGUUUAGUAUUUACUAAACUUCAAAAUACUCCCAUCAAAAUCUAGCAGUCCUAUGUUUUAUCCCCAACAUAAUGAUACGUGUACACUGUUAUAAAGAGACAAUUAUAUACUAAGGGGGUGGGGGGUGGAAAUAGCUGUGUUCAUCCAUACUGACUUACUUCAACUCAUGUUUUGUUUUAUAUUUUCAAAAUAUUUAGAUUAGAAAUUAGUUUUAUUAAUUUAUCAAUUUUUUAUUGCUUUUUCUAGACAAAUAAAUAAACUAUUCUGGAUAUAAAAUAUGAUUAUCUACUAUCCAAUAUAUUAUCAUAUUAUUAUUAUUAUAUUAUUGAAUAAUGUUUUCCAAUUAAAUCAAUGUAUAAACAACUCAAUAACUCUUUGUAUACAAUAUUUUAAUGAUUUCUUCCAUCAAUCUUUUCAUUGUUAUCGCCCUUUACCUCUCCCCAAUUUAUUGUUCAUUACUUCUAAGAUUUGUAUCCAAUAUCAAUUAUAUCUAUAUACUCACACGUAUGAAUUCUUGGCAAAUGUUUCAUAGUAUUACCAUUGAUGUAAAAUUCUAUUUCAUUAUUCGAUGAACAAAAUAACCAAUACAAGAUAUCAGAAAAUACAAUUCAACACAACUCCCCUUCAACUCACAUACACAGAUACACACAAACAUGAUAAUGUAUAGCGUAACUUUACUGAUUUAACUAUUUUCUAUGUCUGACUACGGUCUCUAUUAUAUGAUUAUUGCUCAAUUUCAUAUAGAAAUCUUUAAAAC